AUGAAGCUCUGUCUUCUUUCUCUCACUCUAGCCUUGGCUGGAUUCGUUACUGCGAGCUUUGGAGAUCUGAACCUUCGUCGAGAUGUCUCUGGGAACGAAUUGCGUCUCGGCUCUUGCAAGCCCAUUACCUUUAUUUUUGCCCGUGCCUCGACCGAGAUCGGUCUCCUGGGCAUCUCGACUGGCCCCGGGGUCUGCGAUCAACUGAAGCUGAAAAAGCCCGGUGAUGUCGCCUGCCAAGGGGUUGGACCAGCCUACACUGCAGAACUGGCGCCCAACUUCCUUCCUCAAGGCACAACCGACGUCGCCAUCAACGAGGCGAAGGAAUUGUUCAACUUGGCCGCUACCAAAUGCCCUGACACCACCAUUGUCGCCGGUGGAUAUAGCCAGGGUACGGCGGUCAUGCACAAUUCCAUCUCUGAGCUUCCCGAUGCAGUCAAGGACAGGAUUGCGGGCGUGGUGCUUUUCGGUGACACCCGCAACAAGCAGGACAACGAGCAGAUCCCCGACUUCCCCCGGGACAAGAUCAAGAUCUACUGCGCUGCCGGGGACAUGGUCUGCGAUGGAACUUUGAUCAUCACUCCCGCUCACUUUACCUACACUAUGAGUGUGGGUGAUGCCGCCGACUUUUUGGUCUCCACGCUCUAGGAUGAGGUAACCGGGAUGAUUCCUAGUUGAGAUUAGAAGGAGACAUUGAAGUUGUGAAUGAAGUUGUGUCUGUGCUGCCCUGUUCAUUGGAGUAAACAGGUGGAUUUCGUCGUUUCGACUCAUCUUGUAACCAAUUCUCAUAACCAAUUCUCGUUCAACUAGUUAGACAGUAGCUUUAGACUAUGUCUAGCAGAAAUUUCACAAAAGAAAUUAUAAAGUGGCUUGACAUCAAUUCUCAGGGGUUGGAUAGCAG